UGUGAGCAAGACAAAAUAAAUAGACCAACCCACACCAAUCACACAUCCCCUCCCCCUACCCCCUUCCAUCUUCCCUAUCUCCUUCCUUUUUCUUUCUUUUCUCCUCCUCUUCAGACCUUUUCUUCUUUUGUUUUCUGUUCCUUCUGUGCUUCUAUUCUCCUCAGAUUUCAUCCUCAUCAUUCAUUGUUUGUCUUCCCACCGUCCGAAUCCUACAAGACUUUUGUCUUUCUUCUUCUGCGGGGAUGACGGAGGACUGUGAUGGAGAGGAGAAGGACGAAGAGACGAGGAGGUGGUCUCCCGGUCAGGGGGGCAGCAGCAGCAGCAGCAGCCGCGGAGGAGGGAGCGGGACGUCUGCCUCGUCCCCCUUCAAGAACCGGUGCGUCAGAGGGCGGGUCGAUCAGCCGCCUCCCUUCUCCGGCCAGGUGCUUGAGAACGUCCUGGAGAACGUGCUGCAGUUCCUGCCGUGCCGCCGGGACCGGAACGCGUCGUCGCUGGUGUGCCGGUCCUGGUACCGCGCCGAGGCGCGGACCCGGCUUGAGCUUUUCAUCGGCAACUGCUACGCGGUGUCCCCGGCCCGCGCCCUCGGCCGGUUCCGCUGCGCCCGGGCGCUGGUCCUCAAGGGCCGCCCCCGCUUCGCGGACUUCAAUCUCGUCCCCGUCGGCUGGGGCGCCCGCUUCUCCCCCUGGGUGGCCGCCAUGGCCGCCGCCUACCCCUGGCUCGAGCGCGUCUGCCUCAAGCGCAUGACCGUCUCCGACGCCGACCUCGCCCUCCUUGCCCGCUCCUUCUCCUCCUUCCGCGACCUCACUCUCAUAUGCUGUGACGGCUUCGGCACCCCCGGCCUCGCUGCCGUCGCUGAGCUCUGCAGGAACCUGAGAGUGUUGGAUCUGAUAGAGAACGAUGUGGAGGACGAGGACGAGGAGGUGGUGGAUUGGAUUUCGAGGUUCCCGGAGACGGACACCCGUUUGGAGUCGCUCUCCUUCGAAUGCGUUAAUUGCCCGGUCAACUUUGCAGCCUUGGAGGCGCUGGUUGCUCGCUCGCCCUCCCUCCGGAGGCUGCGGGUGAACCAGCAUGUCUCGGUUGGCCAGCUGCGCUGCCUCAUGGUGCGAGCGCCGCAGCUCACCCACCUGGGCAGUGGCUCCUUCGAGACGGUGCCUGUCGCCGAUGGUGCGGCAGAGCUAGACGUGGCCGAGCUGGAGUCAUCCUUCGUCGCUUCCAAGUCGCUUGUUUGCCUCUCGGGAUUCCGAAUGGUGGCGCCCGAGUACCUCCCGGCCAUCUACCCGGUCUGCGCCGGCCUCGUCUCCCUCAACCUAAGCUAUGCCAUGACCACAGCCGAGCAGCUCAAGCCUGUCAUCCUCCGAUGCCACAACCUCCAGACCUUCUGGGUUCUUGACACGGUAGGCGAUGAGGGUCUACGAGCCGCAGCCAAGACGUGCAAGCAUCUCCGUGAGUUGAGAGUGUUCCCUUUUGAAGCCACCGAGGAUUCCGAGAGUGCUGUGUCUGAUGCUGGCCUUGUGGCGAUUUCAGAGGGCUGUCAGAAGCUUCGCUCGAUCCUGUACUUCUGCCAACGAAUGACAAAUGCUGCCGUUGUGACCAUGUCCAAGAAUUGCCAGGACCUUGUGGUGUUCCGUCUUUGCAUCAUGGGCCGCCACCGUCCGGAUCACAUCACCGGGGAGCCUAUGGAUGAGGGUUUUGGAGCUAUUGUCAUGAACUGCAAGAAGCUCACUAGGCUUGCUGUGUCUGGCCUUCUAACGGACAAGGUUUUCGAGUACAUUGCAAAGUAUGGGAAGUUGGUUCGGACUCUCUCUGUGGCAUUUGCUGGGAAUAGUGACUUGAGUUUGAGGUAUGUUCUCGAAGGGUGCCACAAACUGCAGAAGCUCGAGAUCAGGGAUAGCCCUUUCGGGGAUGCAGGCCUGCUCUCUGGGAUCCACCAUUACUACAACAUGAGGUUCUUGUGGAUGAACUCAUGCAAGUUGUCCCUGAGGGGUUGCAAGGAAGUGGCUCAGAGGCUACCUCGCUUAGUGGUGGAAGUGUUUGGGGACCAAAAUAAGGAGCUUGAUGGUGAUGCAGUGGAGAAGUUAUACUUGUACCGGUCUCUCGUAGGGCCGAGGGAUGAUGUGCCGUCAUUCGUUAAGAUCUUGUGAAUUUUCGCUGUUGGUGGAGAUACUCGGGAGAUGAAGUAGUUAUUUCUAUUUGUAGGUUUGGAUGGGGAGCUUAUUUCCAAUCGGAGGAGCCUUGGAUGUAAUCAAGCAGAGUGUGAAUUUGGUGGGUAGUUUUCGUAACUCACCGGAUGGUACUCAUGCAACAUACACAAAGAGGAGAUAGUUCCAUUUUUUAAUCGCCUUUUUUCCCUUCCUUAUGUCUGGGCUUCUGGGUUACCUAUGCGAUCGAGGAUUCUUUACAAUCGCAUGCUCUACCAAUGCAAUGAGAUAGAAGCAGAAGAAUAUAUCUAAUGGUGGAGAAAAGCACUGCUAGUUUUGUUUCACCAGGAAAUCAUGUGAACACAAUUAUUCCUGCAAUUAUGUGAUGAUCACAAGAGAAAGAUGACAGGCUGCUUCGCGGGGUUUCAGAUUGACGGCAGAUGCAAAAUGUACCCUCCAGGUUGUUCAUAUUCUCUCUAUUCUUGAAAACGAAACGAUACUGUCAUCUUUGGGUUUCAUUCCCUUGUGCUAUCAGAGAAUUGAGGUAAAAUGUGAAACCUUGAACAUUUCUUCUCAUUUUUCAGGAUUUCCAAGUCACUAAUGGAAGGUUUAUUGUUUCUUAAGAAGGUUUUUUUGUUGAAGUUUUCGGUGUUCAGGUUAUUUGAUUGGUAAUAAACACUCCAAGAACCUCUUGCUUGAACUGAAGAGGACACUGUUCCUUUUUUCUAUUUGUUUCGACUGUUAUAUGGUUAGUAGUGUGAGAUCUUCAAUAAUGGCACUGACUUUUUUGAGUAGUUGGAUUCUUCUGGUUUGGUGAUGGAUGUGUCUUAAUCUACUAAUGAUUUCAUCAUCGCGCUAUUGGUGUGCCAUGACAAUAUCGCAUGAAAGUUAGUGACAACACGUUCCUUUCAUCAGCACAAGUUAGGCUUUGGUUUGGCCAAUAAUUCUUAGUUUAAAAAAUUAUACUUUUUUUUCUUUCAUCUACAUGGUUGCAGCUUUUUGGAGGAUGAGGGCUUAGUUCUUUUAUGCAUUUCUUUUAGAACUCAGAUGGUGGGCAACCAAUCUGCCUGCAUCUGUUGUCUAGUGGCUCAUGGUAUGGUACUUUAUUAGACCUAACUUUCCUGACCUAGGCUUACUAAUCGACACUAAUCACUGUUUAUCUUGUGUGAGUUACAGCAUUAGGUUGGCUUGGCUUCUAUUCUUUUCUUGUAUUUCUGCAGUCUAUUCUCUGACUGAGCUCUCUGAACAUUACCUCAUUGGUUUCCAGUUUAAUUUCCUUGGUCACUGAGGACCAGACCUGUGUAUAAAAGAUUCAACUCCUUCCCUUGAUCCUUCCAUCGUGCCGUGCCGGCACGGCACGUAAGCCGAGUUCCUGAAGCUAAACAUGGAACUUCUUCACAUCGGGCUCAUCCUUGACAAGUUGAGAUUGAAGCUGUCGCCAGCCUCUUCACUGCUUACUCUGAAACAGUUCCUUGGAUGACUGUGGGAAGAUCAGCCACCACAGCUUUUUCUCCUGAUGGUCCUCUCCAGAGCCGAGCAUCGAGUGUUCUUCCAAAAGAAGGGAAAACGACCGCUCAAUCACAACCAAUCAUACAAGGCGAAUGCAUCCGGGUCAGAGGGGUCAAGAUUAAAGCAGUCAGUUGAUAUGGACCCAGCAACCCACCACCCAACAUGAGUGAUUCUUUUCUGUGCAUGAAGCUCAAGCUGUUGAACUGGCUGAUGGAGCAAGUCCAGGAGGAGAACAAAAGAAGAAAGGGUUGGGAGAAUGUCUUCAAAAGCUUUGCUUUCUCCGUCUUCCAAUCUUCUCCGCCGCUGGCUGGAAUCAAUCAAGCAUCCCGGUUAGGCGGGCCCGUCCACUUUUUACUGCUGGUUGUUCUCCGAGGUGAAAAGAACAAGACAAGGGCACGCGGCUGUUGUCUCUUUCUGUGAGGCAAUUUUUGGCUAUGCUUUCUGUUCCGGAGGGUACUCUCUCCGUGUGUCAUUUUGCAGAAGAAUUGUGUUCCAAGUGUGUCGAGAUUGAUUAAAGGUAGAUUGCUUUUGUGUAGCUCGGCAGAUGUGAUUUUAAUUAUCGUCUUUAAGACCUUUGGGACGACAACC